AUGGCUGCCCUCAGUGAUGCUGUCCUCGAUGCAUUGGUAUUUGAGCAUUUAUCGAAAAAAGACAAAACGUUUGCGGCUGUAUUCCAGAAAAAGUUCCAAUCGCCUAAAUUACCGAAAGGAGCACCUAAGUUGGAUGAAAUAGUCAAACACUAUCAAUCCACUAAAACGAAGCUAUUGUUUAACAACAAACAGGAGGAAGAGGAAUCCGAUUCGGAUGAAGAAGAGGAGUCCGACGAGGCAGAAGAAACCCCUGCACCUGCGUCAAAUGGUAAAGCUGUAAACGGUAAGAAGGCCGCAAAUGGUUCAGCAGUUGUGAAAAAACCACAGGAAGAAUCUGAUGAAGAGGAUGAUGAUGAGGAGGACGAGGACGACAGCGACGAAGAAGAUGAUGAGGAUGAAGAACAGGCUCCAAAACCUGCAGCCGUAAAGGCGUCCGCAAAGAAGGGGACACCAAAGGUGACACCUCUCGUUAAGAAACAACAGGAAGAAUCAGAAGACGAAGAUGAUUCGGAUGACGACGAGGACGAGGAGGAUUCUGACGAAGAGGAGAAACCUACACCUCAAAAGCCCCAGCAGCAAAAGCCGGCACUAGCAGGACAGAAACGUAAAGCAGAUGAUAAUGAAGAUGACGAAGACGAUGAUGAUGAGGAGGAGGAGGAGGACGAGGAUGACGACGAGGAGGAAGAGGAUACACCCGCACCAGUGGUGAAAAAAGCAAACAAUGCCGCGAAAACUCGUGACAACCAGCAGCCCCAGAAAAAUGAAAAGAAUGACAGAAAGUCAUUUGGCGGCUUUGACAACCGCAACGGUGGUGGCUUUAAGAAACAGGAAGGAGGAAACGAUCAGUACGGCGAGAAAAAAACAUUUGAAAGUCGCCCCGGAGAUUGGACUUGCGACAGCUGCGGACAGUCCAACUUCCAAAGUCGCCAAAAGUGCUUCAAGUGUGCCAAAGCCAACCCAAAUCCACCAAGCACCUGGAGCUGCCCAAGCUGUAAUUUUGAUAAUUUCUCGAGCCGUUGGAGUUGCUUCAAGUGUCAAACUAAAAAUCCAAAUGACAACGGGGGUGGCAACAGAAGCUUUGGCGAGGGUCGUGGCGGUCGUGGCGGUGGAGGCGGUCGUGGCGGUGGAGGCGGCUUCCGUGGUGGUGCCGGUGGAUUUGGUGGUGGUGGCCGAGGUGGAGGCGGUUUCCGUGGCCGUGGUGGUCCAGGUGGUGGCGGUCGAGGAGGACGCGGGGUAAAGCCAAUCGCUACCGCAAAUAAGGCAGAAUCCUCUGACGAUAGUUCAGAAGAGGAUUCGAAAUCAACGGCAAAGAAACCUGCUCAAGCUGUUACACCGAAAGCUGCCGCUAACGCCAAGACGCCAGCUAAGGCAGCUAUACCAGCAGUUGCUAAGAAACAGCAAGAAGAGUCCAGCAGCGAUGAUUCAUCCGAGGAGGAGGAAGAAACAUCCAAGAAAUCAGCAGCUGCAGCUGUGAAAACUGCUACAAAAGUGGCCGCUGCUACUUCAAAGAAGGCAGAAUCGUCUGAUGAUAGCUCUGACGAUAGUUCAGAAGAGGAUUCGAAACCAACGGCAAAGAAACCUGCUCAAGCUGUUACACCGAAAGCUGCCGCUAACGCCAAGACGCCAGCUAAGGCAGCUACACCAGCAGUUGCUAAAAAGCAGCAAGAAGAGUCCAGCAGUGAUGAUUCAUCCGAGGAGGAGGAAGAAACAUCCAAGAAACCAGCGGUUGCUGCGAAAGCCGCCGCAGCUACUUCAAAGAAGGCAGAAUCGUCUGAUGAUAGCUCUGACGAUAGUUCAGAAGAGGAUUCGAAACCAACGGUAAAGAAACCUGCUCAAGCUGUUACACCGAAAGCUGCCGCUAACGCCAAGACGCCAGCUAAGGCAGCUACACCAGCAGUUGCUAAGAAACAGCAAGAAGAGUCCAGCAGUGAUGAUUCAUCCGAGGAGGAGGAAGAAACAUCCAAGAAAUCAGCAGCUGCAGCUGUGAAAACUGCUACAAAAGUGGCCGCUGCUACUUCAAAGAAGGCAGAAUCGUCUGAUGAUAGCUCUGACGAUAGUUCAGAAGAGGAUUCGAAACCAACGGCAAAGAAACCUGCUCAAGCUGUUACACCGAAAGCUGCCGCUAACGCCAAGACGCCAGCUAAGGCAGCUACACCAGCAGUUGCUAAGAAGCAGCAAGAAGAGUCCAGCAGUGAUGAUUCAUCCGAGGAGGAGGAAGAAACAUCCAAGAAACCAGCGGUUGCUGCGAAAGCCGCCGCAGCUACUUCAAAGAAGGCAGAAUCGUCUGAUGAUAGCUCUGACGAUAGUUCAGAAGAGGAUUCGAAACCAACGGUAAAGAAACCUGCUCAAGCUGUUACACCGAAAGCUGCCGCUAACGCCAAGACGCCAGCUAAGGCAGCUACACCAGCAGUUGCUAAGAAACAGCAAGAAGAGUCCAGCAGUGAUGAUUCAUCCGAGGAGGAGGAAGAAACAUCCAAGAAAUCAGCAGCUGCAGCUGUGAAAACUGCUACAAAAGUGGCCGCUGCUACUUCAAAGAAGGCAGAAUCGUCUGAUGAUAGCUCUGACGAUAGUUCAGAAGAGGAUUCGAAACCAACGGCAAAGAAACCUGCUCAAGCUAAAUCAGCGGUUGCUGCGAAAGCCGCCGCAGCUACUUCAAAGAAGGCAGAAUCAUCUGAUGAUAGCUCUGACGAUAGUUCAGAAGAGGAUUCGAAACCAACGGCAAAGAAACCUGCUCAAGCUGUUACACCGAAAGCUGCCGCUAACGCCAAGACGCCAGCUAAGGCAGCUACACCAGCAGUUGCUAAGAAACAGCAAGAAGAGUCCAGCAGCGAUGAUUCAUCCGAGGAGGAGGAAGAAACAUCCAAGAAAUCAGCAGCUGCAGCUGUGAAAACUGCUACAAAAGUGGCCGCUGCUACUUCAAAGAAGGCAGAAUCGUCUGAUGAUAGCUCUGACGAUAGUUCAGAAGAGGAUUCGAAACCAACGGCAAAGAAACCUGCUCAAGCUGUUACACCGAAAGCUGCCGCUAACGCCAAGACGCCAGCUAAGGCAGCUACACCAGCAGUUGCUAAGAAGCAGCAAGAAGAGUCCAGCAGUGAUGAUUCAUCCGAGGAGGAGGAAGAAACAUCCAAGAAACCAGCGGUUGCUGCGAAAGCCGCCGCAGCUACUUCAAAGAAGGCAGAAUCGUCUGAUGAUAGCUCUGACGAUAGUUCAGAAGAGGAUUCGAAACCAACGGUAAAGAAACCUGCUCAAGCUGUUACACCGAAAGCUGCCGCUAACGCCAAGACGCCAGCUAAGGCAGCUACACCAGCAGUUGCUAAGAAACAGCAAGAAGAGUCCAGCAGUGAUGAUUCAUCCGAGGAGGAGGAAGAAACAUCCAAGAAAUCAGCAGCUGCUGCUGUGAAAACUGCUACAAAAGUGGCCGCUGCUACUUCAAAGAAGGCAGAAUCGUCUGAUGAUAGCUCUGACGAUAGUUCAGAAGAGGAUUCGAAACCAACGGCAAAGAAACCUGCUCAAGCUGUUACACCGAAAGCUGCCGCUAACGCCAAGACGCCAGCUAAGGCAGCUACACCAGCAGUUGCUAAGAAACAGCAAGAAGAGUCCAGCAGUGAUGAUUCAUCCGAGGAGGAGGAAGAAACAUCCAAGAAAUCAGCAGCUGCUGCUGUGAAAACUGCUACAAAAGUGGCCGCUGCUACUUCAAAGAAGGCAGAAUCGUCUGAUGAUAGCUCUGACGAUAGUUCAGAAGAGGAUUCGAAACCAACGGCAAAGAAACCUGCUCAAGCUGUUACACCGAAAGCUGCCGCUAACGCCAAGACGCCAGCUAAGGCAGCUACACCAGCAGUUGCUAAGAAGCAGCAAGAAGAGUCCAGCAGUGAUGAUUCAUCCGAGGAGGAGGAAGAAACAUCCAAGAAACCAGCGGUUGCUGCGAAAGCGGCCGCAGCUACUUCAAAGAAGGCAGAAUCGUCUGAUGAUAGCUCUGACGAUAGUUCAGAAGAGGAUUCGAAACCAACGGCAAAGAAACCUGCUCAAGCUGUUACACCGAAAGCUGCCGCUAACGCCAAGACGCCAGUUAAGGCAGCUACACCAGCAAUUGCUAAAAAACAGCUAGAAGAAUCCAGCAGUGAUGAUUCAUCGGAGGAUGAGAAAGCAACGACGAAGAAAUCAGCGGCUGGUGUAAAUACACCGGUGGUGUCAAACGGCAAACGAAAAGCAGAAUCAUCGGAUGAUUCAGAUAGCUCCGAGGAAGAGGAAACAAAACCAGCAGCAAAGAAGCUUGCCCCAUCGAUUUCAACUAACUCGAAGCCUUCUGUGAAAACAGAUUCAGAUUCAGAAACAGAAGAUGAGCCUUCAGGAAAAACGAAACAAUCCAAUUUGCAAGUGGGACAAAAAAGAACAAUGGAUGAUCAACAGAACCAGGGCAAUCCUCCAGCCAAGAAAGUAAAUCCAUACAGCAACUUCGUUAGGUCCAGUGAUCAACAAGAAAACUACAAUAACCAGAUUGAUACUCCACCGAACAAAGGAAAUUUUAGAAAUCAGAAUGGUAGCGCCAGCAGUGGUUUCGGUAGCGGACGCAAAUCAUUCACCAACAGCGACGAAAAGCGUGGUGUACAGCGGUUCCGCCGCGUACGGGAGGAGGAGAUUGAAAUUGAUGACCGACUAAUGGAUAAUUCUUACGAAGCUAAGCAAAAUGCACACGGUGCGUUUGGUGAACGAGCAAAUCAGAUUUUAAAGAAAACGAAAGGCAAAUUGUUCCGCCACGAAAAGACGAAAAAGAAGCGUUCUGGAUACCAGGGUGGAUAUAUAGAUAAAUCUGUAAAUUCUAUCAAGUUUGAAGACUAG